CACGGUGGAACAGGACUCGCUGCAGCGGACAUGAGAACACUGCGGAGCACAUCGUGGCACAGUUCAGCAGUAUGACUGACCGCAGAGCUUGUGCAAGCGCCAGCGCUAAGAAAAAUACCGCUGUCGAUUUCGACGUCGCACGUCUCACCUCUCCCACCUCUGGGCUAUCCAUCGGCCAGUCUUCAGCAAUACCUACUUUAGACGAGGACGGCGCUAGAAAAUGCGUGCAAGCCUUUGCGCCGGGCGCAGAAGAUGGGGGCUCGAAAGAAACAGGGAAGAACGCUUCCAUGACGAAAGCGAUGAGCAUGAUCACCAUUGCGCGCCACCUGUUCCUGCUUCAGGAUUCAAGCGCUGAAGCAGCUAGCAACAGCAGCAGCAAGACACAGUCGAAUCAGGAUGAAUCAAUAUCAAUUACUUCAAGACUAUUUUAUCUAGUGCUUUCGCCCUUGUUGCACCAACAAACUUCAGAGGGUGCCGCCAAUUUGACAAAUUUACGGACUGUCUACCGCUUUCUCUCAGCACUCUUCGCCCUCUCGUCGCCACUCGCAAUUCAGAUCAUUGCGCAUUUGCAAGAUGCAGUCGAGGAGGACCCAGGGGAAAGGAUACUGCUCCAACCACCAUAUAUCGAUACUGAUCUUGGCGGCGCAGAAGCAGAAGCAGACUGGGUUGAAAUGCUCUCAACUGGCCUUUCGGCAGGGAAAGGUGGAUUUCGCUCCUUGCUCUUGGAAAGUUCCAAAUCAGGCGCAGCACGAGGCUUUCUCAGCCAAUUGCUUGAAGACCUCAUAGAUGAAGGAGAGCUCAUGAUGGGAGAAAAAGCCGGGAAAGUAGGAAGGCUGGAGGAAAGCAGUGCGUUCCUGCACAAGGCCCGGGCCACGCUGUACGCUCUUCUCAUAAGGCUCAAGCUCAGCAGAAAUAUCGGACUCAAGAAUGGAGCGGUUCAACAGCUCAUAGAUGUUGCAGCCGUCUCUGACUCUUCUACUGCUGAUGUGGCAAGGAAUGCGACAGAGGAUGAUCAAGCUGUGAAGUUUUGCACGGCACUUUUCCCUUCCAUCGGCGAUAACGCGGCUUCCAACGAAGAUGCACUGAGAUCUCCACAGAUCCUCCUACUACCCUUGCUUGAAUUACUCAGCCUUCUGCUGCUCUCACCAAGUGGAAAGCGCAAGAGUGAGCUAGCUAGCGCAAAAUCGGCGCCACUACUCUCCUUUCUCGCAAGUCUCACGCCGUUGAUCGCCAAGUCACGAGCUGCCCUUUUCCCCAACCGUGCAGCUUCCUCCUCCAAUGCUUCUUCAAUGUACGAAAUCGAUGCGAGACUCUUUUUGGGAUUUACUGUGCAUAGUGCAUCAGUCGCCCGAUUCGAUACGUCGCUGCAAUUUCUCAUCCUCUCCAUCUUGCAGUCCAUCACGCGGUACCCGCCGCUCUUGUCCGCCGAGCAAAAACAGAUGCAGCGACUGAAAAAGCUAGCUGAAGCAAAACAGCGUGCUGCUAGUGCUGGCAGCGAUGCUACUAAUGGCAAUGGAACAGCGAACGGUGCAUCUGCACUCGAAGAAGAGGAAGAGGAACCAUCCUCGGAGGUCGACAAGAGGUGCAGAUGCGUAGUCGAAGCUGGUGUCACAGCGCUGCUUGUGGCAAUCACAUUCGCGGGAUCGCCUACUUCAUCUAUCGGUGUAAGCAAAGGCGCAGGAGGGACUGAAGAGGGAGGAGGCUCGCUCAACCCGUCGCCUGCCGUGCGUGAACAGCUCGUGGAUGUUUUUCACGCACUAGUGACGCCACAGGACAAGUUGCUGCGCGGCAAGCUGGCGCAACAAGGUGGCAAUCGGGCUAUUCUCGCUCUUAGCAGCAGCCAUGCUCAUGCUGAUAGUGAGACGGCGAAUGGCGCAGAUGAAGAGUCCACGGCUCAGGCCGCGAGCAAGCGCGCGACCCAAGCGCUUGCGAAGCUGUUGAUCACGGCAAAUCCAGUCCUGCUCUUCACGCCGGCACAGCUGCAAUCCGUCUCUGUAGCACUGUGCAGGCAGCUCUGGCUAAGCCCCAGCUCGACGAACCUUCAGCGCUUCGAGGCCAGCUUGGCGCUUACGAAUAUCGCGAGUGCUGGGCCAGAAAGGGCGGGGGCAAUCAGAAAGCUGAGGCUGUUGGAGAAGACUUGA